ACCAUAUCGCGUUCCUUUAUAUCAGAAUAAAAGAAAAGUUUAAUGUUAUUGUCACUAAUGAAGAUUACUGUGUUAAAAUUAUAACGUGUUGAAUGUUUAGAUUUAUUAGUAAAUGCUUUAUAUAUUUAAUACUGUUAAAAUGAAACUCUUGAUAUUAACUCUUUGUUUUUUAAUAGGAUUUGGUGGCAAUACGCCGUUAAAUUCGUCGCGAAACAAAUGGCAAAGCCCGAUGCAGCUUUGGCUUAAUAAACAAGUAACCCAAACUAUUGCUAAUUACAACCUCGAUUUGUUACCUCCAUUUGUGACCUCAACUCCUGCAAGUACGACGGACGAUCCAUGCAAAUAUGACCCACCUAAACCAGAUUUCAGGAAACCAGGCCGCAGGAUAAGUGAAGCUAAAUGUUUUGAAUAUAUAUGGGAAAGAACAAACCGAGAAAAUAAAAAUAAAAAGAGCGAUGAAUGUUUUCAAAUAUAUCUAAGUAAGCUCCAGAGCAAGCCACAUUUUGCGAUCGGCGGUAGAGAUACAUCCCCGGGGGAAUUUCCACAUAUGGGCGCAGUCGGAUGGAGGGUUGUUCACGGUACAUGGAUAUUUAAGUGUGGAUGCACCCUCAUCAGCUCGAAGUUCACCCUCACUGCCGCACAUUGUACAAAAUCACCACGUGAUUCGAGUUUAGCGAAUCCUAUACCUGAGAUUGUCAGACUUGGGGACAAAAAUAUUAUCGACAUCCCCUACCACUCCAAUAAACCAAUAGACGCUAAAAUUUUACGAAUAUAUUCACAUCCGCUGUAUGCGGCACCAAAAAAGUAUUAUGAUAUAGCGCUAAUUGAAAUAGUUGAACUUCGUGAAUUUACAAGAUACGUGCAACCAGCUUGCCUAUGGAGUAACUUUAGUACUGACGAUCUUGGAACAUCAGCUACUUUAACUGGAUGGGGGGUUGUUGAAACCGCUACAAAAAAAGUAUCUCCGGAAUUACAAGCAGCUGUAGUUGAUAUCGUAGAUUCAGAGCAUUGUGACGCUUUGCUGAGGCCGUCGUGCAGUCGACAUUGGUGUGGAAUUCAGGAGCACCAGAUAUGCGCCGGGAAACUGGCGGGCGGUAUCGACGCGUGUCAGCAAAAACAAUAACAAAAAAACAAUGUUCGGUCGGAGAAGAAGAGACCCGGGGAGGAACGAAGUCCUUUGCGAUAUUUUUUUGGUGUGCGAAUGGAAUUCAGGAACAGCCUUGCUACUGGAUACGUGCCGUUGAGCAAACCGUUCAAUGAUGACAUGCUUUAUGAUUGUAACACUAAAAGUACAAAUACAUUAUCGGCAUAACGUUUUAAUUUACGCGGGAGUUAUAUCGUGUCUUCAUCGCAAUUUUAUGGAGGAAAGUCAAGAAACCGACAAUGUAGCAAGUGUAAAUAAUGCAAUCUUCAAAAAUACGUUAAUAGAUCCUGUAAAUUAAUUCAAAUAUACAUACAUUACAUACCUUCAAUACACAUGAUUCCAGUGUUUACUAUUGCCAGUAUAAUCAGAGAAAUAAUUUUAUAAUCAUAUGCUAAGCGUCAAAAAAACUAUCGAAAGAAAAAAAAAACGAAAUCAACGACCAUUAUCAAGCAAUUAUAACAAUAUUUAAUUUAUAGUAAACCGGUUUGAUUGUUUGAAACUUUUAAAUACAUUUUUGACGUUUAAUUUAUUGUUUAAAUUAAUUUGACAUGUUACUAUGUUUGUUUAUAUAGUUUGUGUGAAAUAAAUCAUCUCGACUUAUGUAAAAUAUUAAACUAUAUUUCAAAAAAUAUUUAGCAGUAAUUCAAUUUGUCUGUUUUAAUAGAAACUGCUAGUUGCUAAUAACUGAAAGGCAAUCAAAAAAACGCGGUUGCCUCACUGUAAUUAUAAAAUAAUUAAGGAUUAAUUUAAAUUAAUAUUCCACCAACCCGCAUUGGAGCAGCGUGGUGGAAUAAGCUCCAAAACCUUCUCAUCAAAAAGAGGAGAGGAGGCCUUUAGCCCAGCAGUGGGACAUUCACAGGCUGUUACGGUUAAAUUAAUAUCUCAGGAAUCACGGCAAAAUUAAAAUUCUCACGCAAAAAGAAAAAUUAUAGUGAUGGCCAACGAUAUGAUGCGAUGCGAUGCGAUUCCAUUAGUAUGUACUAUGUUUACCACAUAUUCUACCAAUAACCUAAAUCCAGCAAUAUUUAGUAUUAUUGUGUUCCGGCUUAAAGGGCGAUAGAGCCAGUGUAACUAGGCAAAAGGGACAAUUUAGUUGCCAUGGUUUAUAGGGCCAAUGUACAUGGGUGGGGGUGAUUAUUUACCAAUAUUAUAAAGAAAAUAAAUAACAGACCACAUUUUUCAAAAGUUCUGUCUCAUAAUGUCGGACGAAUGUACGACGAGCCACCACUCACACACAAAAUCCGUAGUCAUAACCUAAGAAAACAAUAAUAAAUAAACGCAUGAAAAAAAUCGUAGGCUGGUGCUUUAUGCGUAUAUGUAUAAUGACAAUCAAUAAGUGGCAAGGUUUGCCCUUGAUGUCCGUUUGUGACUUAGAUUUGAGCACACCAUGUUUAUUACACGGACAUCGAGCUUAUUUGUGUUGGCUAAAGACGGACUGACAAAAAGUAUCGUACACUCAAUUGCUCUUCGAAAUUAAUUAACUACUUUAGGAUAAAAAUAUAUUACGUUUUUCACUUUACAUUUAACUUUAAAUCAAACAAUGAAUAUGUCCAUUACAUUAAUGAAAUACAUUGAAUUGAGAAAAUGAA